GUCCCUGGGGCUCGUCUGGGAGGCGCGUAGCGGAAGGGCCUUUCUGUCCCUGGCUGUUGCUCAGUCCAGUGGCGCAGUGGUUAAGAGCAACAGCUGCUAAACAAAAGGUCGGCAUCUCGAAUCCAGCAGCCGCUCUUGGAAAUCUUAUGGGGCAGUUCUGCUUUGUCUCACAGGGUCGCUAUGAGUCGGAACUCCACGGCAGCUUAAAUUAGAUAAUACAAGAUUUCUGGCAGCCUCCAGCCAUGCGUCUCUCUGCCCUGCUGGCCAUGGCAUCCAAGGUCAAUCUGCCUCCCAACUACCGCUAUGGGAUGAGCCGCCCAGGCUCCAUGGCAGACAAGAGGAAGAACCCUCCGGGGACUAGGCGGCGCCCAGUGGCUGUGGAACCUAUCUCUGAUGAAGACUGGCAUCUGUUCUGUGGGGACACGGUGCAAAUCCUAGAAGGGAAGGAUGCCGGGAAGCAGGGCAAAGUGGUUCAAGUCAUCCGGCAGCGAAACUGGGUUGUCCUGGAGGGGCUGAACACACAUUACCGGUACAUUGGCCAGACCAAGGAUUACCGGGGAGCCAUGAUUCCUAGUGAAGCCCCCCUGCUUCACCGCCAGGUCACACUUGUGGAUCCUGUGGACAGGAAACCCACUAAGGUAGAAUGGAGGUUCACGGAAGCAGGAGAGCGAGUACGGGUCUCCACGAGAUCAGGAAGAAUUAUCCCCAAACCUGAAUUUCCCAGAGCUGAUGGAAUCAUCCCUGAAACAUGGACUGAUGGCCCCAAAGACACAUCAGUGGAGGAUGCUCUAGAAAGAACCUACGUGCCCCGUCUAAAGACACUGGAGGAGGAGGUGAUGGAGGCAAUGGGGAUCCAGGAGACCCGGAAACACAAGAAAGUCUAUUGGUAUUGAGCUUGGGGAGAGCAGCUUCUCUUCCAAUUCUGUCUUAGCCUUAGAGGCUGGGGCCACCUCUUCUCCAGACUCCAAUAAAGAGCCGUGAGUCCUUC